CCUCCGCCGCGCACAGCAACCCGCAUUAACGAUUUUUUUUUUCUGGGAAAUGCUUUAUUUGUUUCUACUAUAACUUGUGGAAACUACUUUAUUUAUUAUUUUGUUGAAAUCCCGCAAUUUUAAAUUUGGAAUCAGGAUGACUCUUUUCAACAAAGAUGUUAAGUUCUCGUUGAAAGCUAUGGUGAAUAAAGAGAACAAGAAGGUUCUAUUCGCAAGUGUAGACAGCACCUUCGCAGAUGUGUUGUUGAGCUUCCUGACUUUGCCAUUGGGGGCUAUCGUGAGGAUCUUGAAGAACCACUACGAAGGUGAGCAGCCUGGAUUCGGCAGCUUGACCACUCUGUACAACAGUGUUGCCAAUCUUGAUAGUGUCCAUUUCUGGACUGAAGAUGCUAAGUCGCAUCUGCUUCAUCCACGAAGUUCAUGUGAUGCUAGUCGUAAAAGGCUAAAGCUCGAUGUUAGUGAUUCCCCGCCAUUGGAAUACUUCAUUUGUGACAAGAACUGCACAAGUACUUGGUUCCCCAGUGAAAGCAUUUACUAUGAUACUGUCAGUGUCGCAUGCAGAUUCAACAAAUAUCAUUCAAUGAAAAGAAAAUUAACUGAUACUAAACCGGAGCCUUGUGAUGAUGGAGUUUUUACCACUAAUACAGCAUCUUUCGUUGUCACUGAUGAUCUGCGUAUAGUUCCUACUUCGUCAGGGUUGUUGCAGAUUGUAAAAUUUCUCGGCAUUGCAGAUGUGGACAAGGCCGAGCAAGUAGAUGUGACUUUUGGCUAUGUUGAGGUUAUGGCUUUGCUCAAGGCUAUCUUGGUGUCUGCAACGCCAUUGUCAGACGUCAUAUUCAGUAAAGCAGGACAGAUGAAGUCUACAACAUUGAAACUUCGACAUAUGACUUCGUCAUAUUUUGAAACUCCAUCAGCAUUCAACUCCAGUAACAUGGUUCUGAGGGUGGUUGUACAAAAAUCUACUAAUAAGGUUUUGUAUGCUCAAGCCCAGGAAGAUUUCGUAGAGCUUCUCUUUGGCUUCCUCGUCCUCCCACUAGGAGCAGCCGUGCGUUUUCUGGAAAGAAGAUCUCUUAAUAAGUGUUUCGACUAUUUGCACAUGAGUGUGGCUGAUCAUAUAGACAGCAAAUAUUUAAAGAAUGGUGCAAAAAAGAUGCUCAUCAACCCCAAAAUACCUCACGGAUAUAUUUCAGAAAAUUUCGUUCUUCCUAUCAAUGAAGAGGCCAUAACUGCUUUCAACGAACAUAUGAUGAACUUUUUCUCUUCUAAGAAGUUCCCAUAUGGCCGGGGGAAAUACCUCAAGGCACCCCGGACAUUCAUGGUGAAGGAUGAUUUAACUGUUACGCCUCUUUGCAUUGCUUCCACGCUUUCCUUCCUCAGUGGGAUGAAAAUCCCUAUAUCUGAUGUCAAAGAAGUUCAACUGCAAAUUGGAUUGAAAGAGGCUUUAGACAUAUUGAGAGCAUCCCUUACAUCUGAUUCUGCCUUAUCCAAUGGUCUGAAUUUGAGUUAUCAUAAAUCUCAAAAAUAGAAGGACCAAGACCAAGUGAAAUCCCACUUUGGGUUAUGAUAUUACUAGUCAUAUUAGUAAGGUUUAAUUUCAUGCUUAUUUUUAGUAGGGUGUGUUUAUAUUCCAAGUAGGAUUAAAGAGAGGUAUCCAUUCUUUAUCUAUUUCAGUUUCUAUAUCCUGCUUUGUUCUGUUCUAUCAUUUAUUAUGCCAAUGAUGCAUUAUGUUUCGUAAACCGAUAUUUUAUCGAAUGUUUUUGGUACAUGUGCCUUUCGCUCCAUACCAUGUUUUGGUACAUGUAUAUUUUUUGGAUAAUGUGUUACGAGUAUUAUACUAUGUUCAAUGAUUUUAGUUACCAUAA